UUCCCAGCAAAUUCCUUCUCUUGCUCCGUCAUUUUGAGAUUGAUGUCUCCAAGCUUCCCAGCAGCUUUCUUUUUGUAUACCUAUGAGAGUUGAAGAUCAUGGGGAAAAUGUGGUUAUGGCAGUCUCAAGGAUAAUUACUAUGGACAAAAUAACCAGCUAAAUAUGUUCCUUUCUUACUGUGGUUUGAUCUUUUACUCACUGAUGCCUUGCUUAAAUAAAUCAGAGUCACCACCUUUCUUAGAGCUAGAUUGGUAGCUCUUGGGCCUGCAGAAGACCAAUCCUUUCUCUACAAGACUUACUCUCUGCCUAGACAAAGCCUGGGACAGUAACUGGAAAGUUCUGGCAGAGGCAGACAGAUUGGAACGCAAAGAGUUUCUACAAAUCUACUCUGAGGACAGGUUACAGGUAGACAUCCUUUCUGUCCUCCUCCAUACUGGCUUCCUAACCACACCUAAAAGAACAAUUCAGAUUGAGAACUACUUAUCAACCCAGUCUGUCUGCAAUCCACACCUGAACCCUGUAUCAUUUGCUGGGAGGAACUAUUCUCUUUUCACAGAGGAGAUCACCCACAUCCAAGUGUGCCUAAAUUAAAGAUGAGUUACCCUCACACUGAAGGGGAAGAAAAGGUGCCAAAUGAUGAGCUGGAGUGCAAAAUUUGUUACCAGAGAUUUAACAUUCAUAGUCGUAAACCCAAAAUACUGAACUGUCUUCACAGAGUAUGUGCUAGAUGUCUGACUAAAAUACUUCACAUAGGAGAUGGCUGUGCUUGCAUUAGUUGUCCCUUUUGCCGCCAUGAGACACAGUUGCAUGAAGAUGAAGUUGAAGGACUACCUAAUGAUACAAACGUUAUGUCCAAACUCAUGUUAAAAGACAAAACAAUAUGGAAUUCCGACUGUAAAGAAGUAAUUUUAACACCAAAGAACUUGGCUUCCUCAAGCCCCUCUCAUGGAUCUUCAAAUUGCUUAGUAAUAACAAUUAUGGAAGUACAGAGAGAGACUACUAGGACUCCAAGCCAAAACACUAUCUCAGAUUAUUAUGCAGACCAUAGCCUUGACUCAGUAUCUGUCAGUUCUCACAGUCAGCUAGACCAAGAUCUCUUUUCUAAGCUUUGUAAUCAUGUACCCAGAAUACUGGUAUGGCUGUUAGGAUUUUUCUACUUUGGCUCACUGCCUCUUGGAAUCUAUUUAUUAGUGAUUCAGAAAGUGACCCUAGGAAUUGUGUGCGUCAGUCUUGUUCCCUCAAGUCUAACUGUAUGUCUUGUGUAUGGUUUCUGUCAAUGCCUCUGCCAGGGAAUGUGUGACUGCUCUUCAAGAAGCUGAGAGGAAUUGCGUUAUCAAACUGUACAUUUUAAUUAAACUUUGAAUGAUAACUACAGACUUCCAAUAUUAUGGACUAUUAAGGUGAUUGCAAUAUGAUUUUAAGUCUUUCGUGGUCCCAUUUCUUAGCUAUAACUAGCACUAUGUUUAAACAAACAAAAAGCACCACCACCAUUUGUGUAAACAUUAGAAAAUUGGCAAGGUAAUAUUAUUAUUAAAUAGGUGGUAGCUAAUAUCACCUUUUCCUUGAACAAUGUAUAAUUUCAUAAACACCUCAUCGUGUCAAGAAUUCACAGGUGAAAGUGAUAAAAAUGAAGUUGAUGUUUUCUACAUUAUGCUGGUACUAUUUUUUAAAAAAGAAUGAAGAUCAGAAAUAUUUUGAGUACAACUUGCUAUAAAAACAUAUUUCAAACAUCACCUUAAAUUACUUUUUCAGAUUCUGUAUGGUACUUGAUUGGACACUUAAAUACUCAGAUGAUGAGAACCAAUACAGGAUCUAGAAUUAAAAGCAAAAUACAAGUGCAAUAAUUUUUUUAAAUUAAGAACUCAUGUACUGUUGAAACCUUGGAGAAAGCAAUUUAUAGUUAAACUAAAUCUCAAAGGGACAUAAAAACAAAUUAAGUAUUUUCGAAAGAGACGUUUCCAGAAUCUUUUCAGAAACGACGACUAUUUCUGAAAUAUAAUGCUCUGAAUAGUGUAUGUCAGAGCACAUCAGAGUAGAAAUGGCUUUAAGAACUGUCUUCAAAAUGUUCAAUAAAAACAUGCCUACUAAUAUAUAUGGUGCCUUAAAAUCAAGGCAUUAAUUACAGGCAAUUUAAAAAAAAUACAGAAACGAGUUUUUAUUUUAUAUUAAUGUUAAUUCCACAUGCAAAAAUGGUCGAUUCAUUUUUCUGAACAUUUUUAUUGAACCUACUUGAUAUUGUUGCAUUAAAUUUUAUUUUU